GGAUGUGAAAAGCUAACAAUACACAUAUGUUCAGAAAACAGCCACGCCAUUGCGUAGUCAGUCAAGCCUUGUCCAAGCCGACAAUGAGAGUGCUGCUUCUUCUAUCCCUGGUGGUGUGCGCAUGGAGUGCACCACGGCAGCGGCCUCAACAAGUAACGCCAUCCCAAAUAGGUUGCCAAUAUGGAGGCAACUUUUACCCGGCCGGCUCCACCAUCAGUGAGGGUACAGACCAGUGCGGGUGUACGUACGGUACAUACUGUACACAGGACGGAGGUGUAAUCGUUGGGGACUGCUUCCCAACCUGCUGCAUUCACGAGGGAAACGUCAUUGACCACGGUAACUCUUACACGGACAGCUCAGGAGCGCAGUGUCUGUGUGAAUGGGGACAGGCACUCUGUAUGGCUCCCCCGAUUGUUGGUUGCCAAAUGGGAGACAGUUUUUACCCUGCUGGCUCCACCAUCAGUGAAGGUACAGACCAGUGCGGGUGUACGUACGGUACAUACUGUACACAGGACGGGCAUAUCGUGAUUGGAGACUGCUUCCCAACGUGCUGUGUUCACGAGGGAUCCGUCAUUGACCAUGACUCGUCCUUCACUGACGGCGCAGGCGCACAAUGCCGCUGCUCCUGGGGACAGUUAGAAUGCACAAUUUCCGCGAUUUCAGGCUAGGUGGCGAUCCCGCGAGGGCAUCAUCUCCG